AUGUGUACACACACACACACACACACAUUACCCACGCCGCCACCACCAACCUCAGAACCCCAACUCACACACAUUCAUUGCCCACGCCGCCACCACCAACCUCAGAUCCACAGCUCACACACAUUCAUUGCCCACGCCGCCACCACCAACCUCAGAUCCACAGCUCACACACAUUCAUUGCCCACGCCGCCACCACCAACCUCAGAACCCCAGCUCACACACAUUCAUUGCCCAAGCCGCCGCCACCAACCUCAGAACCCCAGCUCACACACAUUCAUUGCCCAAGCCGCCGCCACCAACCUCAGAUCCACAGCUCACACACAUUCAUUACCCACGCCGCCCUCACCAACCUCAGAUCCACAGCUCACACACAUUCAUUACCCACGCCGCCCUCACCAACCUCAGCACCCCAGCUCACACACAUUCAUUACCCACGCCGCCCUCACCAACCUCAGCACCCCAGCUCACACACAUUCAUUACCCACGCCGCCCUCACCAACCUCAGCACCCCAGCUCACACACAUUCAUUACCCACGCCACCACCACCAACCUCAGAACGCCAACUCACACACAGGCAUUGCCCACGACACCACCACCAACCUCAGAACCCCAACUCACACACAGGCAUUGCCCACGACACCACCACCAACCUCAGAACCCCAACUCACACACAGGCAUUGCCCACGACACCACCACCAACCUCAGAACCCCAGCUCACACACAUUCAUUGCCCAAGCCGCCGCCACCACCAACCUCAGAACCCCAGCUCACACACAUUCAUUGCCCAAGCCGCCGCCACCAACCUCAGAUCCACAGCUCACACACAUUCAUUACCCACGCCGCCCUCACCAACCUCAGAACCCCAGCUCACACACAUUCAUUACCCACGCCGCCCUCACCAACCUCAGCACCCCAGCUCACACACAUUCAUUACCCACGCCGCCCUCACCAACCUCAGCACCCCAGCUCACACACAUUCAUUACCCACGCCGCCCUCACCAACCUCAGCACGCCAACUCACACACAGGCAUUGCCCACGACACCACCACCAACCUCAGAACCCCAACUCACACACAGGCAUUGCCCACGACACCACCACCAACCUCAGAACCCCAACUCACACACAGGCAUUGCCCACGACACCACCACCAACCUCAGAACCCCAACUCACACACAGGCAUUGCCCACGACACCACCACCAACCUCAGAACCCCAACUCACACACAGGCAUUGCCCACGACACCACCACCAACCUCAGAACCCCAACUCACACACAGGCAUUGCCCACGACACCACCACCAACCUCAGAACCCCAACUCACACACAGGCAUUGCCCACGACACCACCACCAACCUCAGAACCCCAACUCACACACAGGCAUUGCCCACGACACCACCACCAACCUCAGAACCCCAACUCACACACAGGCAUUGCCCACGACACCACCACCAACCUCAGAACCCCAACUCACACACAGGCAUUGCCCACGACACCACCACCAACCUCAGAACCCCAACUCACACACAGGCAUUGCCCACGACACCACCACCAACCUCAGAACCCCAACUCACACACAGGCAUUGCCCACGACACCACCACCAACCUCAGAACCCCAACUCACACAGGCAUUGCCCACGCCUCCACCACCAACCCCCGAAACUACAGCUCAAGCGCUCAUUACCCACACCGUCUGCUCUACUUCCAAUCCAUGAUUCUCGAAAAUAUCCAAACUGCCAACCCCAUCCACAGUCCAUGAUUCUCACUUACGACUACAUUACUCCGCUAACACCAACUCUCAAUGCUCAAUAUUACUUGCAGUAUCAGAUAUCACGACUAGUUAAGACAACCAUGUCUUGUGCAUAA